AUGGCCAUGGACAAGGAUCGUAAUCAACCGCGUCUCCUACCGCAUGGGGAGAAUGUUGCCAAAACCGCAUCGAAUGGCCCGAGAUGGCAGGCUACCAAUGACUCUGGUGCCAGGAAGAUUCUCGAUCCAACUAAGAGGGGGCUUGCAUAUGCUACCUCGGAAGCCGCUCCGAAAUCCAUCCAUCGGCCGUCCGCCCUCAGGAUCCCUGAUCGCUUGCUUAUUCCCCUCCCUCCCUCUCUAACAAAGGUGUGUCUGUGUGUGCGCUCCCUGGCCGGGGAUACAUGGUACAUGGUACAUAUCCUACUAGUUCUGAGGUGGUGGAUGGUGGGUGAUGCUUUGUCAGGUGCCUCACUGCCGGUAGAGUCACUACAAAUGGAAGAGGAUAAUAACCUGGCAGCGACCUUAUUACUCAAGACAUGCAUCUACCUCGGUGUAUUCUCGGUUCAUUGCAAAGGCAAAACAUCUUUACACACCGCAUCGCUAUCUCUCUCUUCUACAUGCCUACCUAGGUUCGUUGAGAGAGCUCCUUUAACUACCGUCCUGAUCGGCAUUUUACCCUCCCCCGCGCCAAUUCUCAUUCCCUUCCGUCCCGAUCGAUAA